ACGCCGCCUAGCGGGAGGCGGCGAACGAGGCCGGUUACCCAGCGUGCCCUGCGGAGUUACCGGGCCCGUGGGGGGGGUGUUGAAACAUGGCGGCCCUCAGUAAAGUGAUCGGAGGAAGACUGUAGAACGGGCAGUCACCGUCUCUCUCGGGGCUCGGCUUAGGAGGCCGUUCCUCCUCCUCCUCCAGCCGGGGCUGGUUCCUCACGUGAUUCAACCGGGCACCUUCAACCUCUCACCCGGCCCCGAGUCACUGGGGGACUGGCGCUAGAUGGAGGAUCUCCCGGCGGCUGGUGGAAUGGCUGCUUCUGCAAGGCCGCAGGUCGGGGGUCCUAGUCAGGCCCAAACACAGGGGGCCCCCUCCGAGCCGGGCUGUGAGCUGUCUGCUCGGCCGCCCCAGUACACCAUCCCGGGGAUCCUGCACUACAUCCAGCACGAGUGGGCUCGCUUCGAGAUGGAGAGGGCGCACUGGGAAGUGGAGCGGGCCGAGCUGCAGGCACGGAUAGCCUUUCUUCAAGGUGAAAGAAAAGGUCAAGAAAACUUGAAGAAGGACCUAGUUAGAAGGAUAAAAAUGUUAGAAUAUGCUUUGAAACAGGAGCGGGCAAAAUACCAUAAAUUAAAAUAUGGAACAGAAUUAAAUCAAGGCGAUAUGAAGAUGCCAGCCAUUGAAUCGGAAGAAACCAAAGAAUCUGAGAUUCCCCCAGGGCUUCCGAACAGUCAGCUGACCUGGAAACAAGGCCGGCAGCUGUUAAGGCAGUAUCUUCAGGAGGUGGGCUAUACAGAUACAAUAUUAGAUGUUCGGUCACAAAGGGUACGCUCUCUGCUCGGACUUUCAGGUUCUGAGCCAAAUGGUUCUGUAGAACCGAAGAACCUAGAACAGAUCCUUAAUGGUGGAGAAGCUUCACUCAAACAAAAGGGACAGGAGAACAAAAGGAACUCGGGUGACGUGCUCGAAACAUUUAACUUCUUAGAAAGCACAGAUGACAGUGAUGAAGAAGAUGAAGGGGACAUCAUAGAAGAGGUCGAUGGGAUGGAUAAGCAGCGAUUAAACAAAAAACAUAGAAUUGGAAAUGAAGGCUUAGCCGCUGAACUUGCUGAUGACACAGAGGAAGCAUUGAAAGAGUUUGAUUUUCUUGUGACUGCAGAAGAUGGUGAAGGUGCUGGAGAGGCCAGAAGUUCAGGAGAUGGGACUGAGUGGGACAAGGACGUCCUGUCCCCAACUGCUGAAGUUUGGGAUGUAGACCAGUCUCUGAUUAAUAAACUCAAGGAGCAGUACAUGACGGAGCGCAAGGGGUCAAAGGGGGCUAAGAGGGUAAACCGGACGAAAUUGCACGAUAUGAUUGCGGACCUGGGUGAUGAGGAACUGUCCCGCAUCCCUCCAGGCAUCCUGAGUCCGUCCCGUUCACCAACCAGAAUAACAGAUCAUGAAGGUGGGAGGGCAGAGGAAGCCGAGCCCAUAACGUUUCCAUCUGGAGGUGGGAAGACAUUCAUCAUGGGAUCAGAAGAUGUCCUUGAGAGUGUUCUGGGACUUGGGGACCUAGCUGACCUUACUGUGACUAAUGAUUCAGACUACAGUUAUGAUACGCCGUCCAAUAAGGAUGCAUUUAGGAAGACUUGGAACCACAAAUAUACCCUACGAAGUCACUUUGAUGGUGUAAGAGCACUAGCAUUUCACCCAGUUGAGCCUGUCCUGGUGACCGCAUCUGAAGAUCACACCCUAAAAUUAUGGAACUUGCAAAAAACAGUCCCUGCCAAAAAGAGUGCUUCAUUCGAUGUGGAACCAAUCUAUACAUUCAGAGCUCACAUGGGUCCUGUCCUUUCCCUGGUGGUCAGCUCUAGUGGAGAACAUUGCUUCAGUGGAGGAAUAGAUUCUACAAUACAGUGGUGGAAGAUGCUAAGCUCAAAUGUUGAUCCGUAUGAUACGUAUGAUCCUAGUGUUCUUUCUGGCACGUUGCUUGGGCACACAGAUGCUGUAUGGGGCCUGGCUCACAGUGGUGUUAAAGACAGACUACUUUCUUGCUCAGCUGAUGGAACGGUUCGAUUAUGGAAUCCACCAGAAAGUGUGCCAUGUAUUGGCACAUACAAUGGAAACAAAGAGCAUGGUAUCCCCACAUCAGUGGAUUUUAUAGGCUGUGAUCCUGCCCAUGCUGUUGCCUCCUUCACCUCUGGCUGUAUUGUGAUUUAUGACCUGGAGACUUCACAGUCCCUGCUGCAGUUAUCUGCUCCUUCUGAUUCUAGUAUCCCAUUUUGUGGCCACAUAAACAAGGUUGUGAGUCACCCUACUCUUCCUGUUACUAUUGCUGCCUAUGAGGAUAGGCACAUUAAAUUUUUUGACAACAAGUCUGGGAAGACCAUUCAUUCAAUGGUUGCACACCUGGAUGCUGUUACUAGCCUUGCAGUGGAUCCUAAUGGAAUUUACCUAAUGUCUGGAAGCCAUGACAGCUCUAUUCGCUUGUGGAAUCUGGACAGCAAGACUUGCGUACAGGAAAUUACUGCCCAUCGCAAGAAGUUGGACGAGUCCAUAUACGAUGUUGCCUUUCACCCAUCCAAAGCAUUCAUCGCCAGUGCUGGAGCAGAUGCUCUGGCCAAGGUUUUCGUGUGACCCUUCCAUAUCCCUCCCCUCCUGUCCUUACACAGUGCCACAAGUGCAUUUUGGAACAAAAAUUAAGGUCACUUGCAGUAUUUAACCAAGUUCUUACAACAUCACUGCCAAGGGGAAUUUUCUCCAGUGCCGACACUACAAGAUGACUCCUGCAGAAUAGGGGGAUACUGGUUACCGCACCCAUCUGGCGCUAGCCUCUCAUCUUCUCAUUUAUCAGGAUGGCUCUAUCCAGGGCUUUAGUUACUGUACUCUAAUCCCUCUUUUUGUCACAGUAACCAGUAUUCACGGCCCCAUGCAGAGCGCGUCUCUCCUUUUAUUAAAUGUACGAUACAUAUUCUCUUCUACAAUCGAUAUGGAGAAAAAGGAGAAAAAUAUUUUUUUGCAUCUUUAACUUCAGGUCCUGGGUGUGUGAAUCAAGAGCUCAACUAACAUGGGGUUAUGGAAUAUGCUGUAGUGUAUUCAGUGGUUUGUUGAUGCCAGACACCGUUACAAUGCAAUAAAGAAAUCGGUUUCCCUGGAACUUGAAAGGACUUAGAGGAGCAAGGAGGCCUGCUCUGCACUAUGCUACCCAGUUCAGAUUGCAAUACCUUGAUAACAUGUAGCUAUUUGUUUUAAAGGCUGGCAUUGUAGAAUUCAGUGUCUGGCUGCCAAUGAAGGGAUUUUAUUUUAUUUUUAACUUUCUCUGUUCUUGGACAGUGCAAGUGUGUUACUAUAUAUUUUUUAACAUUAGUCCUGCAUAUAUACAGGUUUUGACCUACUAUUUUUACGCUUUUUAUUUUUAAGCUGUCACAGAAUUGCAGUGUUUUUAUCGGGGUAGUACAAACCUGAGAAUGAAAUGAAUUUUAAUGUAUUUUUUUCUUUCAUGUUAUUCCUUUUUUUCUUUAUCUAAAAUCACAUUUAUCCAAUUUGUUUCCUUUUUUUUUUUUUUUAUAUAUAUAUAUUUUUAUUUUUUUGUUAUACCCUGCAUCCCUUUAUAAGGCCAGAAGUCAGUGACUCUGCCAGAAGGUCUGGCGUUUGAGAGCUAAACACAACUGGGUGGUUUCACACUAACAAGUAGUUUCUUUUCUAACUGGCAAGAGGGGUUCCAUAUGCUUUUAUCAGUGCACCUCCACCCCUUUAACAAUUGCAGCAUUCUAUCACUGUGUGAUAUUUUGUAUGUUUACUUUAUUUACGAGUUAAUUUAUCCAGACGUUUCCCAGCUAAGUUACAAUGGCUUAAUGUUAUUUAUUUCAGCUUUAUAUUUGUUUUUGUUCAUGUGACACAGGACUUGCAUUAUUUGUGGGACACAGAGAGAAGUUUCUUGAAGCAUGACCGAAGGCCAUUAUUUACUUUGAUAUUUAAAAUCAGAGUACUGAGCAAGGCAAAAUUGCCAUUGCAAAAUGGAGCCCAUGAUAUCUCUUCCUACCCCUCCCCCCAAAAAAGAAAACAGGUUGACAAACGCUUGCUCCGUGGCAAUUUUUGCACUUUAAAUAUAUGCUUUACCUUGUAGUGCACCACAACUAAACACCGUAGAGGGUCUAGACCUUCCUGCAUUAAUUUUUAAUUUUUUUUUUUUUUUUUGUAAUUGAACCUUUGUAUUCUGCUCUGUUACUUCUCAUGUCUUCAGAUUCAUCGUCUUUUUUUCUUAAUUUCUCUUCAAGCAUUAUUCAGUUUCUGGUAUUGACAAAAGAUUUUAAUUUGUGUUACACGCAUGACUAAAACAAUUUCACAUAUUUUUUCUAGUCUUCCACAAAAGGAAAAAAAAAAUCCGCUGAGUUUGCGCGUUUUGUAAGGUUUUUGUUUUACGAACUGCAAAUCAACAAGUUUUUAAGAUUGUACCACAAAAAGCAGUACAGUUGUUGAGAAAUAAUGUAUAUAAAAUGCAUAUAAUAAAUAUUAAAUGGUG